UGAUAAGGUUGUAAUCCUGAGAGGCCGUUGGACACGUUUUUUUGGCGUUUUUCCCGUGGUUUUUUCUCGGUGCUGACCGCUCCGCAUCCCGGGCCGAAGCUCUUUGGGUCUCGGAGCGACAGAGGAGCGGCAGGCCCCGUGGAGCAACUUCACACUUCCCUGAAAUUGAAGGCGGAUUCGGACUAGUAAGAGAGGGGCAAGGAAGGGAUUGUUAAAUCCUAGGAAGGGGGGAAAGAAAGACGGUGGUGGGGAAAUGGCCACUCAGGUGGAGGCUCUCCUGCUCGGCAACCCGCUUGCUAAGGCGGAGGAGCACGAUAAAAUCAUCUGCGGCGAGCCGGUCGGAGAGGAGGAGGAGGAGGAGGAGCAGCAGCAGCAGCGGGCCAAGCGGCAGCGAGGUGUCGCCGACAGCAGCGCCGGACUGGGAGGGACCACCGGCGUCGAGGAGCAGACACAGGCAGCAGAGCUCCAGCAGGACGAGGACGGCUGUGACAACGGAGACAAGCCGAGCGAGGAGGGAGUUAAAGGCAGCGGGGGCAAGAAGGAGUUUACUGAAGCUCCCCCGCCCAAGGUGAACCCGUGGACCAGGAAAAUGAACGCGGUGACCGUGGUCAGCGUGAAUGGAGAGGCGCACACUGAGCCGAGCGGUCCUGCCAAAGUGGUCAGAGCCGGGAUUCCACCCAAAGCUAGACGUGGAGGGAAGGUUGGAGAUUUCGGCGACACCAACAGCUGGCCGACUCCAGGAGAGAUUGCAACUAAAGACAUGCAGAUGGAGGUAGUGGGACAGACUGUGUCCUGCCCGCCGCCUCUCAGGCAGGUCAGAGACUCGUGGAGAAUCACUGGUCCCAAAAGGUCAACCGCUAAGAAGGAGUCAAAGGAGAAGAGGGAGAGCAACGAGGAGAGCAAGGAGAACCUGAAAGCCAAGUCGGAUGACUCGGGAGAGGAGAAGAACGGAGACGACGACUCGCAGAAAAACGGCCCGAAGAAAAAAGGAAACAAGCAGAAGUGGGUUCCCCUGAUGAUCGACGUGAAGUCCGAGGGUCCCAGGGAGCGCUCAGCCUCCAGGAACAACAGCAGACAGAACGAACACCCGCGCCUGCCUCCCAACGCCAGGAACGACCUCAGAGACUGGCACAGUCAGAAGUACGAGCGGGAGUGGCGCGACGACCAUGACGAGGUGUCCAGCGUAAAGAGCGAGGGGGCGCCAUUCCGCGGAGGGUUCAGAGGUCGGGGACGUGGAAGAGGAAGGGGCCGAGGACGAGGCCGAGGAGGUGGCAGAGGUCACUACGACUACCACUACGGCUACAAGUCGUACGACACGAAAGACGGACCUUACGGCCAGAAGUUCAGCAACUCUGCCACCUACUACUACGACAACAUGAGCAGCAGCGAGCUCUACGCUGUGGACCAGGACCUGCUGAAGGACUACAUCAAGAGGCAGAUUGAGUACUACUUCAGCCUGGACAACCUGGAGCGGGACUUUUUCCUCCGAAGGAAGAUGGAUCAGGAAGGCUUCCUGCCGAUCGGACUCAUCGCCAGUUUCCACAGAGUUCAGGCCCUCACCACAGACGUCAACCUGAUUCUAGAGGCUUUAAAGGACAGUAAAGAAGUGGAGGUGAUUGACAUGAAGAUCCGUCGGAAGGAGGAUCCUGAGAAAUGGCCUCUUCCUGGCCUGAUGAUGCCGAACCACGUGCACACAGACUUUUCGCAACUUAUCAACUGUCCCGAGUUUGUUCCCAGGCAGAUGACUGAGGGGCUGAGAGGAUCCUCCAGAUCCUCCACACCAGUGCAGCAACACACCAAGACUGAAGCAGACACGUCCAACCUCAAGACGAUGCCAAAGGGCCUCUCCGCCAGUCUGCCCGACCUGGACUCUGAGUCCUGGAUCGAGGUGAAGAAGAGGCCCAGACCCUCGCCCGCCAGACCCAAGGCACCUCCGUUGCAGCAACAGAAGGAGAAAGACGAUUCUCUCCGAUCUCCGGUCCCCCAGUCAGGCUCCUCGCCCGCCCCUGUUACCUCAGGAAAUAAGGAUGGAGCAGAGCAGGACGAACCGGAGGAGCUGGACUUCAUGUUCGAUGAGGAGAUGGAGCAAAUCGACGGACGUCGCAACACCUUCACCGACUGGUCGGACGAGGACUCCGACUGCGAGCUCGACGACCACGACGUCAACAAGAUCCUGAUUGUGACGCAGACGCCGCCAUACCUGCGGAAACACCCCGGAGGCGACCGCACGGGCCACCACACCUCACGGGCCAAGCUGACCAGCGAGCUGGCUAAGGUCAUCAAUGACGGGCUCUUCUACUACGAGCAGGACCUGUGGGACGACAAGUAUGAGCCGGAGUACGCCACCAUCAAGCAAGAGGUGGAGAACUUCAAGAAGGUCCACCUGAUCAGCCGCGAACAGUUCGACUGCCUGACGCCUGAACCCCCCGUUGACCCCAAUCAGGAAGUCCCCCCGGGUCCCCCACGGCCUCAGCAAAUCCCCACAGACGCUUUAGCAAACAAGCUCUUCGGUGCCCCUGAACCGUCCUCGACGGCCCGAUCGCUCCCCACCACCGUGCCCGAGUCUCCCAACUACCGCAGUGCCCGGACGCCGCGCACACCGCGCACGCCUCACCGGAAGGACCCGACCAUGACCCCGCGCUUCUACCCGGUGGUGAAGGAGAGUCGACCCGUCGAUGCAAAGACACCGAGGAAGAGGAAGACUCGGCACAGCUCCAAUCCUCCUUUGGAGUGUCACGUAGGCUGGGUGAUGGACUCCCGAGAGCACCGCUCCCGCACCGCCUCCGUCAGCUCCAAUGCCAGCCCGUCUGAGGGUACCCCCGCCCUGAGCAACAUCGGCUGCACGCCUCAGUCCCUCCCCAAGUUCCAGCACCCGUCUCACGAGCUGCUAAAGGAGAACGGCUUCACGCAACACGUUUACCACAAGUACCGCCGGCGCUGCCUAAACGAGAGGAAGCGGCUCGGAAUCGGCCAAUCACAGGAGAUGAACACACUCUUCCGGUUCUGGUCGUUUUUCUUGCGGGAUCACUUCAACAGAAAGAUGUACGAGGAGUUCAGACAGCUGGUGGUGGAGGACGGCAAGGAGGGCUACAGGUACGGUUUGGAGUGCUUGUUCAGGUACUACAGCUACGGCCUGGAGAGGAAGUUCCGACCGGACAUCUUUAGGGACUUCCAGGAGGAAACCAUGAAAGAUUACGAAGCUGGUCAGCUUUAUGGACUGGAGAAGUUCUGGGCCUUCCUCAAAUACUCCAAAGCUAAGAACUUGGAGAUCGACCCCAAGCUGCAGGAAUGCCUGAGCAAGUUCAAACGUCUGGAGGACUUCAGAAUCGAUCCACCGAUGGAGGAAGGCGGACGUAGGAGACGCCCAUCCAGCGGCGAUGGCCGGCGCCGGCAUCCCUCUCAGUCCUCCGGCCGACCCCAUAGCCAGACGAGCGGUGCCGGCCCCGCCGCCGCUGCUGCUACAGGCUCCUCAGCCAAGGAUUUUGCCAAACUCACCAACCAGAACCAGAAACCCCCCUCUUCUUCUGCAGAACCUGCACCAGACGCCAAAACACUCAAGUAGCUCCACAGCUGGGAAGACCAACCAUCUGCACGGAUCGACCCGACCACGUCUGCAUGUCGCCGGUUCUCUCUGUGCCACCGGAGGGGGAGGGGCUCUUUAUUUGUUCAUUUGAUCAAAUUAAAAAAAACUACUCAUCAAUAUUCUUUUAUUGAUUACUUUACAGUUUUUAGAAGUUUUAAUUUCACUAAAGACUAAAUGUUUUAUCGGACCGUCUGGUUCAGAUUGAUUUUUUUUCUCCCUGCCCGCUCUGUCUCUGAGAGCCUGCUGACUGGAAGGUUUUUCCUCCUCCUCCUCCUGCCUGCCUGCCCCACAUCCAUCCGGACCAAAGGGGUUCGGACCGAGCGGCAAGCCUUUUCUCUCCGUUACGGGGCUCAACAUGACAUACUUUAUUGCUGGACUAUGAGGGGAAAACUAUUAAAGAGCCAAAUGAUAAAAGAAGAGACUUGUUUCACCCUUCGUUAUGGACAAGAUUGUUAAAGGUUGCCUUAUUUUGAUGGUCUUGCUGCUUCCCACUUGUGCCCGCCUCUGUGUUGUUACAUUUCUUUCAUGGCUGUUUUCAGCAGAGGCCACCAGGUGGGGCUGUAGCUGCCAGGUUUCCCCUCAGCUCCCACUCGUCUCUGUUGGUGAACCGUCUUCCUUUCGUGUCAUUGGAUCUGUUACAAGCUUUGAGAUUCCUGAUGGAAGCUGGUCGCCCUUCCCUCUGAAGACACACGAAAACAAACUGAAGAUGACCUUCAAGGUGCGCUCCUCCUUCCACCUCUCCGUCAUCCAUCCAUCCAUCCAUCCAGCCAGCCGUCAGCAACGCUAAACCACAGGAAUCUGGAUUCCUUGAAGACGCAGAGGUGGAACCUCUCUGCCUCCCAUUUGGUUUUUACACAUCCGUCGCAGGCAUGAACACUAACGAGUGCGAUCAGGACACAAACUGGAGCCACACGGGUGGCGGGAACCGUAUCCGGACCGGAUCGGACCUGAUGAUAUCAAAGAGGAGGAGUUAAUUCAACACUUGUGUAAAUGUGAACUGAACCGAUGAAGAGAAGCGAUCUCAGCUGCCGGCUUCGUUUUUAUUGUUUAUAGAGCAGAGAAUAUAUUUGCCUUACAUGUCUUUAACUUUUUCUUUAACUUUUAGUUCUUUUUACUUUCAACUUGCUGCGUUUCUGGCGCUCCUGGCAAACUGCUUGAACAGCUGUGGGUUUGAAUUGGAGAACUUUGAUCAUCACAUAAAAGGGAAAUUUGACUUUUGGUGAUCAAAUCUGAUUAUUUUUAGUUCAGACAAAGCGAUAUUUCCAACAAUAACAUGGCGAACUGAUUAUUAAAUCAUCAGCUGAGUGUUUUCUUAUGUUUGUUCAUGAAAUUCCUACAUUUUUUGGAUUUGAAUUAAACGAAACAUUUUCAGUGAAAAGUUUGAGUUCACCUGGAGAUAAAAAAUAAAAUGAUAAACGGUACAUCUUAAUAAAUUAGAAAAUCACUGAAAAUCUCAUUAUUUUAGUCAUUUGUUUCAGAAAGUGAAACUCGUAUGUUACACAGAUUCAUUACACACAGGCACACAUUUCUGUUUUGGUUUGAUUAUGGCUUUAAAAGAAGGAUUUUUAAUACAGAAAUGUGGGCCAAGUUGUCCAUAUGCUGUAUAGAAUAUGCACUCGGUACCCAGUUGGGCCUCCUUUUGUUUAAAUGACUGCAUCAGUGCAGCAUGGCACUGCUGAGGUGUUCAGAAAGCCCGGUUUGGUUUAAUUGGGAGCCUUCAGCUCGUCUGCAGUGUCAGGUCUGGUCUCAUCUUUGAAGAGCAUCUCCAUAAAGCUUGCCGACAGAGGGAGAUAUAUUGCUAGAUGGUUGACCUGACUUUAGACUAGAUAAAACACAGUGGACCAAAACCGGCAGAUGGCAUGUUUUUCAAGAGCUUUAACGUUGAACCUCAAGCAGUGUCCCUCUCCAGAGUCUGGGACCUUGAUUUGGAAAAUUUACUAUCACCCAAAAAGAGGAUUCUGCAAAAUCCUCUGAAAAUAUCCCUGUUGCUUGUUCACUUUGUUUCUACUGCACUUUUUCCUUCCACACAACUUUCCAUUAAUAUGCUUGGAGACCUGCCAAAAGCUGACUCUUCAGUGAUUCUCCCUGUCUCACCCUCCUUGUGGAAGGGGGUCAGUGAGCUUAUGUUGGAGAGCUGUCAAGCCAGCAGUCUUCUCCAUCAUCAUCAUGUAGGUCAUUACGUAAUAUUAUUGUUCUUAAAAGUCAUAUUUAUUGGUCUUAUGCAACGUUUCUUGAUUUAAAUUUGUCAAGAAACUGACCUUUUAGGUUGUCAUUAGCUGUAGGGCAUAUUUAUGUUAAUAAGAGAAAUAAACACUGUAUUUAAUGAAUCUUUAAAAACACGAGUUUCACAUUCUGAGUUGAAUCGCUCAAACAAAUCAACUUUUUGGUGAUAUCCUACCUUGUUGAGCAACGCCUGUAUUGCUGACGUCUUCUCGCGUGUUUAGCUGAAUCUGUGCCUGUUUUCCUUCACCUUUCUGCUGUCGUUGUGAUGGAGGCCGUCUGUUCUCAAGGUGCAUGUCGCGUUCGUCCUCGUCAGUGUUUUUGUUUUCUCGUCUUGUUGGGCGUAAAAAUGCAAAGUUGUAGCUGAGGACUGAACCGGUUCCGGUCUUUCAGAGCCGAUGGACAGAAACAGAAGAAAAACCCAUCGUCUCACAUGACCCUCCCGCUAAUGUGACCAUCUCCUGCUUGCAGACAUUCAACGGGAAUAAUCACGUUUCUUGUGGGAGUCAACAGCCUUCUCGAUCAGCGUUGAACUGCUAGCUGCCCGUAUAAACACUAGGGGGCGCUGCCUGCUCAGUUCGGCUGAGGACGGAAAGAUCGAAGAUCCUGACUGGAGAUUGGGUGGAAUAUGGCUGCUUAUGAGACUGAACAUAAAAGGACAAAGUUUCCAUAAAGCCAUAUGAAUAAGAACUAACUGAACCAUUCAAAUAGUUCAUUUCCUUAUCCUAGGCUUGUCAUGAGGAAAAAAAAAGAUUAAAACGAGGAUAAAAAGGAACAAAAAAAAUAUAUAAAGUGGAAAAAUGUAAAAUACUUGAAUGAGAUCUUGUAUUAUAACAUUUAAUAUUCAUAAUAUCUGCUUUGUAGGCUGACGUGAUUCGCUAUUAGUGUUAUUUGUAAUUUCUAGUAAUUAUGCUUUUCCUUUAAUAAAGAAAAAAAACAGAAAAUGGACAAAAAAACCUUAAAAGAGCA